AUGAGAGGCUUCACGUUCAGCGUCGGCGGGGGCUGCCGGAAUGCUCCUGUCGACUUUGGACCGUGUAGAGCAGGGACUUCCACGGUGAUAGAGGUUCUCUUUAGCUCCACGCUCUCUGUAAGCGUUAACGUUAGCAUCUCAAAUUUGCCACGGCACAUUGAUGCUGUUCCCAAGCAAUUUAUUCUCAAUCCCUCGAGCAAGAUGAAUGUGAAGUUCACAUGGGUCUCAAAGGAUACUAAAUUUCAAAUCCUCAACGAAACUCUGAAUGUUGAAAGCCAGAAGUCAGUGCAGCACCUUGUGCUCUUGGGCUUAGCAACUGAGAAGGAACUGAACAUCUUUUUUUCGGCAUCCAAUGAGAAGCUCUACUUUCGUAUUUUGGGUCGGCCCGAGACUUUCUUUGUCCAAUCUCCUAUUUUUGAGGACACAGCGGGCAGCGAGGCCUUUAUAUCACGAACUGCUUUGGCUCAAAAAGGGACAGACCCAUUUGUGCUACUCAGCGAUAGGGCCAUAUAUGAUAAAGUACUACACCACGGCUCCAACAUUCUCAACAACUUCACUAACUCACUCCUACACACCUCAUACUUGGCUGGGUAUGAAGUUUUUCAGGCAACCUUCUUGAGGGACACCCUCCCCAACAUUCUUAUGACUGCACACAGAAGAUACAGCCAAGCGAUACCGGCAAUACGGCGUAAGAUUACCUUUAGAGGAGACAUUUCUGCCCCUCUCGAUCAGCAAUGUAGAUCCAUGCUAUCGCUAGCUUUGGAGUCCAUCGACGGGGCGAUUUUCCGGUUAGUUUGCGAUUGUUUGUAUAGGCCCCAGCCCAAUCUUUUCGCCCUCUUUGAUUUGCCACAAGUGCGUAUUGCAGACAUCCUGCUCAAGUUGCAGCAAUCAGAGAUAGUGAAGCAGCUCUUCUGUAGGGGGUCAGCUGGGCUACAGAACAGAGCCCUCAGCAUAGAAGAUCAACGGGUGAAUAAGACUCGGAACUGUAACCUCUUUAUCGUAGUUCUCUGCUUUAUCGAUCUAUCUCUCAUAGUGUAUAAAGCAUCAGGAAUACUCCGGCCCCUGCAGCACCACGUGGAAACUGUUGCAGCGACAGGAAAGCGUAGUAGUAUAACGCAAGCAAGAACGUUGACAGAAUUUCUCAACUCGUACUAUACUAUAAUUGGCUCAACUGGGGGACUUAGCACAAUUUUAAAUGACCUAGGAUUUAGUUGGUUCAAUCAGUCGAUAGAACAGCCUCACCCUAUUUCCUCCAUAAGCUCACCACUUAAGAAUGAAAACAUUGCUAACUUCAGGACUCUUCUCCCCCAUCUGCUUCUCUAUAUGUCGAGGAAACGCGAGUACUGCCCAGGCGCAUUAAAGAUACCUGCAGAGACGUAUGAAGAAAUAAUAGAAAAUAUGCGGAUACUUAUAUCCUUCUGCUGGCCACACAAGCUUGUCCUCGAGGCAUCGAAGGGACUCAACAAAAAUUUGGCAUCUCUCCCAUCUUUGACGAAGACAAUGCUGAAUAAAAUAAUAUUAACCAUCAUCAAGGAGAACCAAAUGGCUGGACUUUUAUGUUCAGAAAAGGUCUUCUUGGCCUGCCUCAAUAGUACAGUGGAAACCUCUAUGAUUAGCAUCUCCUGUCAGCAGAUAUUUAAAAGAUUGAAGUACGUUUUCAACCCGUCUAAUAGCCCUAUUGUUCGAACGGUUGAUCGUAUGUACGACGAGUUCAGGCGUAAGCAGGAAGCAUUGACUCGUUCCUCUGUUAUGCUAAGCAAUGCCAGCGUGCUGGAUAUCAUCAUAUCCGGGUCACAGGCACACCCCUCCUUCACCGGAAAGAAGCAUCGUACGCUUCUGGCCACCCUGGAGCGUCACCUCAGUUCCCACAGAUAUUCAGAAUUUCUAUUGCUUGCUUUGCAAAUGGUCGCGUUAGUCCAUGGAUAUGAUCUAAACGGUGUAAUAUUUGACCCGCGGGAUUGUGUCAACAACGGCCUUCUUUUGAUAAUGAUAGCUCGUGUUAUUCUUCCCACAGGAAGACGGAUAUUUCCAGGCAAGACGCUCUGGAAGUUUAACUUUGCAGGCACGUUGCAAUCAUCCAUGGUAUUAUCCACGUACAGCGAACCAGAGUGUUACAACAAUGAUGAUGUUAGUGAGCCUGAAGAUGGGUUUAGUUGUUCUCUCCGUAAGAGUAGCACGACGGAUCCUUCUGGCUGGGAUGAUACCAGGAGUUCUAAAUUUGAGCGCUUCAGCUCCACGCGGAUUGCCACUUUGUCUGAGAAAGAACCAACCCUUUCGCAAAUCAUCAUGCAACAGCAAGAGCGCGAUGGAUAUGUGAAGCCAGAGCAUAAUGUUCUCAGGCUCGCCGACUUCUAUAGCUGCCACUUGGCGUUUAUCUCUGCACUCGAGCGCUACGAAGAGCUACUACAAAAGUGGGACUAUAGUCUCUCCCUUGAGGUUUUUGCUAACAGACACUCUAUCCUUCGCGUUUUGCCCAGCUUCGUUUAUUCUGAUAACAUCCGUGAACGGACGCGAUAUAGUUUUUCACUAUUUAGAUUGAUUGAUGCCUACACACGUAGUAUGGGAAGCACACUUCCUAAUACUAGCAUGUUGUCAUACUACGUAUCAAUUCUGUUUGUUACUGCACUUGUUUCCAAUGAUUAUUGUCUGACAGGAGACAUUAAAUUAGAGCUUCUGCACAUUUCACCUGAAGAACGCGACUAUCAGAACCUUCUAAACAAAUAUGCAAAGAAGACAGAACAAUACAGAAUACGGACCCGUGUAGACCGCCGAAUAGCAGCCAUUCAAGCGUCAUGCAGAGGCUUUCUUGCCAGACAGUACUACCGACGUGUUCGGUACAGCGCACUUGUCAUCCAACACAUGUGGCGUACAAAGCUUUAUCACUUCGAAAAAGGCUACCUUCUUACGGCACAGGCUCGCCGAAAUCUCUACUUACGAGCUCUUCUCACACAUGAGUCACGCCCCCAGGAUGAUAUAUUUAAUACUGAGCCUGGAAAAAGAGUCCUGAAGGCUGUUUUGUCCAUUCAACGCUAUGUCAAACAGAGAGCUCUUAGAAGAGUGAUGCCUACAAUUCAGAUAUAUCUUGCAACAAAGCGACGUACCCUUGCAAGUCACACAACUAUGCAGGCAGUUCGCGUCUUGCAGUACCACAUGCUAGCAUACAGUCUGCUAUCCUUUCUUAGGCUUUUGGCGGAUGCUGAGCGCAUCUUUAAACUUUCAUGGAGUGACGUAAAGCUGUUUUUGCCCACUGCUUUGCGUGGCUCACUCUCGUUGGCAGAGUCUUGUGAUCUAUUGGAGCUACAAAUCACAGGUACUGCCACCUCUCCGAAUACAAACAGAUUUACUAACCUAGGAUUUUCCACGCAAUAUUUGCACAUAGGACCAUACCUAUCUAUUUCACGCAGCAAAGCACAGCUCGAGGAGUACAUAGCACGUAUUUCUAGUGUGGGGACAGUGUUUCGCGCUAGUUACGCUGGGUAUAUAGUUAGAAGGACUCUGGCACUGAUGCUCAGCAGGGCAUCUUCUUAUCCGCAUCAGAGCAUAAAUCACAAACAGAGCAUCUUUUAUGGCGCGCGCUGGAUGCAGUAUCAUCCUGCAGACGUUCUACAUGUAUUACUCAGUCGCCAGUAUUCUGUGGAGAACAGAGAGUAUGUUCUUAGCGCAUACAUAGCUGAAUACCAUGGUCUUCUAUCGAGUGUGUUGCUCAUUCAAGCAUUUUUCAGGGGCACAAAGGAGCGACUUCGUGCCAGGGUUCUUCAGGCGAUUGUUAGGCAGAUGAUAGGCACUUCCAAUCUACAAGACAUUACUGACUCUUUUUAUAUAUUUGUCCUUCGUGAGGCAACAAGGAGUGUCGGUUUGUUAGAAGCUGAAGCACUAAAAAAGCUAGGUAAGCGUUUAACUGUGGAUCAGUACAUUCAGAUGAUAACUUUAUUCAUGGAUACGCUCUUACUGCGAGUGUCUAGGAUACAAGCAGCGUUUAGAGGAUGCAAGUUACGGACUACGCUUUAUCGAAUUCGGUGUGCUUGUUGCAACGACUUUAUACUCAUGCGCUUUGCCAUUUCCAACGACUUCAACUACUAUGCGCUAGUUGAUGCAGAGAUGAUAAUUUUACGGUGCAUGAGAAGACAUCGCCAACGAGUCCUGGUUGCCAGGGCCAUUCAAGCGGCUCCUUCUGCAGUAAAGCUGUUCAUAGACGAAGCAUCUCUUCGAGGCAUCCAGACAAUCGCUGAUUUCAACGCUUAUCAAGAUAGGAUACUUCGCGCAGCAACCCUUUUGCAAUCUAUGGUGCGCAUGCUCAUAACCAUAAGGAACAUUAAUUGUGUCAUGACGGUAAGCCCAAUACUGCUCAGAUAUCCAAUAAUUUGUGAUGGUCUGUUGCUACCAACCGUUAUCUUUCGCGAGGUUAUGCUCAAGCAUGUUAUUGACAAUACUGUGCGUCUACAGAGCUGCGCACGAGGAUAUAGAGUUCGACUACGCCAACAACUGCUUCAUUUACUUCUCGAGAAGAUGCUUGGUAUCACAUGCUCAACCUCUUUUCAUCAUGAUACUGCGUCGCGGAUCAAGCAGAUUGUAAUCCGUCGACUAGAUCUAGUUACGUGCAGCCCUAAGGAUAUUCUUGAGCAUACCGAUGGUGUUUCCAGGUCUGUGGUUAUUCUCCAGGCUCACAUCCGGGGAUGGGUUGUGCGUAGAAACUAUAGGGAUGGUGUACUAGUUUCUGUGAGAAUAAUUCAAAGGGCAAUAAAGACUUAUCUACACAACUUAUUUACUAAGCUGGUGAAAAAGCAUGAUACACUUUUGAAUGACCUUCCACUUCUUAUUUCUGUUGGUAUAGUUAGCCAAGAUAUUGACGUAGGACUUCGUCGAGAUAUACCCUAUCUUUCCGCUGGUAGCCUUGCUAUGCUACAAGAUACGUGUGACAGACUCUUAUGCGCAUUAGCUAGUUUUCGUGGAGUGGUUGUCAGGCUAAGGCUACGAAGGCUCAGGGAUAUAUCUACGACACAGUGUAUAUUUAGAAUGCUAUGGCACCAAGCUUCUGUGCACGAUCAGCUUCCACCGUCCGUUACCUCUACACUCAAGAUUUACGGUUUACUAAAUAGCAAAUCCAUCAUUCUUCAGACAUACAUGCGUCGCCGCUUAGUGCACUUGAGACUAGGCUUAAUACAGCACCUAACCAAUAAGCUGGUGAAUUUAGAGAUGCAGUCACAGUCUUCUGUGGCGCGUUUCGUGAAGCAAACCGUUCUCUAUGUUGCGUUGCAGGCGGGUCUUACUGAUGCAGCCAUUUUCGAUGCACUCGAUGCGACUACUGAAAGCAUAACUCUCAUCCAGCAAACUAUCAGACGGAGAGUGCUUAUACGGAAUAUAGGUCUAUUGAAAAUUAUGCACCUAACAUUCAGCAAUCUGUCGCCUCUACCUUUUCACAUGAUAAUUCAGUUUUUUAGAAACGUAGCAGCUGACCGUCUGCUGUGGACGAUUCGCAGUAGAAAACGCUCCACUGCAAUAUUGUAUAUUAUAGACAAGAGUUUGGAGCGUGUACAAGCCCGUGCUCUCAGUUAUCUCGCUCUUCAGAUGCAGCACACCUACAAUCGUCUGGAAUUGGAUCCUAUUCUUUACGAUUUGUUGUGUGACCCCAACGUGCAAAGCAGUAGUGCGUUACAGAGGGCUUAUGAAGAGUUAGAUAGAUCAACACGCAUGAUACAAGCCUGGCUUCGGGGGUGCAGGGCUCGCCGGCUAGUGUCCACUUGCCGGGCGACAUUGCUUGCUCACUGCAGCCAUGUUGAUUCACGGUUACAGAGGAUCCUACUCCACCAUUUGCACAGGUGUGAAAAUCAGCUAGAAAGCGUAGAGUCUGUUGUAUUGACUUUGGUGAGUGCAGCGACUUGCAUUCAGCGAUACUAUCGUGGCUGGUGUGUACGUUGGACUCUUAAACGCAUUGCUCCAUCACUAGCCUAUUUAAUGCUUAAUAGAGGUUUUCUAAGGACUACAGACGCUUGUGCUAACUUCUAUAAUAGUAUCCUCAAGGCAGUACAGAUAAUACAGCUACACGCGCGAUUAUUUCUGUGUGCGCAAUCCUCGGUCCAACUGGCUCAAAUCAACAUGCUGCUGCAGAAUGAUGGCAGUGUUGAUCUUCUGGACUAUCUGUCCUCCAAAGACACCACUCGAAAGAUCUCAAGCGAAGAAUUAUGGAGAAAGGCUCAUGGUCUAAAAGAGUCCUUUACCUAUCUGCAAGCAUUCAUUAGAUGCUUUUUGGUACGAAAGUCGGUCCUUGCUUUCCGUUCCUUGUGUAUUUACUUCGGGCUCAAUAAGGUAUGCCCUAGUCUGCUACUUGAGCUAGCUAGGAACGCGAGUGGCAUGCUUUUCAGUGAUACACGUGUCUUGUGUUACCCGUCUCGAGUUGAACCAUCGCUUAAGUGGAUCAGAAUUGCUAGUGACAUAAUCCUACAGCGACUCGUACUUCACCAAAGAGGUGCCACCAUUAGAUUACUUAGAAGCUUCCCCCUUCCGGCCUGCUGUUACGUCCAUAGGUAUAUUGAUGGUACUAAUCCGAGACUUAUUCUCAGGCCGGAUAAAUGUGCAGACAUUGCAGCCCAACUAAUGCACUCUGCAACAGUAAUUCAAUCAAUGUAUAGAGGUUACGUCACGCGAAAAACGAUAAAACAUGUAGUAAUGUCCUGCAAAGGAGACACUAUUCUAGCACAAACGCUACUUGAUAAUAUUUUCGUGGCGGCGUCAAAACUCUCUUCUAAUGCCUCUUUAAAAGCACGCUCCAUGAUAUUGUUUUCAGCUAGUGUGGAUGUUGCCGAGCAGGUGCUAAGUUCAGCGGCUCUUGUAAUUCAGCGCACGUUCAGACUUAGAAUGAGGAACAAGAGACUUAGUAUAGCACGGUUUUACGGAGAAAAGUACUUCUCUGUGGAAGAUCUGAAGGGAAGAGACGCGUUCAGACACCGAGAGCUUGCUCUUCUACGUGGAGCCACUACUAUCCAAUACCAUUAUAGAAAAUACUCCUUCUUGGCCCAUCUGGCCCAGUAUACUAAGGGAGAUACACGGCUGAUGUCCAUUUUCUUAUGGAACUUGCAGCAAAAGCAGUCAUUAGACGGAUUUACUGGCAACUUGGCUUAUAAGCAGUGUCUCUUAAAUAUGCAGCUAGUAGGUGCCCUUCUCAGUUCUGCCGCAGUAACCAUUCAAAAAAGGUGUAGAGGAUACAUGGUGCACAAGAUUUAUCUGACUCUCCAGCAAUGCCAGAAUAUAGGAAUUUAUCCUUGGAUGAUACUGAAUCUCUUGUCUACUGAUGCUAGCAAUAAGCUGAUAUACUCAUGCAUCACCGAUAGCAUCCAUGUUGUGUCCACUCGUGUAGCUUGCAUUCAGGCCUACGCACGAGGCUAUAUUCAACGAGCCUCUUCAGUCACAGUUGCUGCUGGAUACAAUCUAUUUUUAACACAGCAGGAAAAAUUAUCUGGGCCAGCUGUUAUCAUGCGUGUGUGUCGCGCUAUAGAUGCCGCCGAAAAGCUUCUUUCUGCACAUGCAAAGUCAUACCUCAUACGCACUAGACUCGAUUGCCUUCGCAGAUACUCUGCAGUUCCCCCGCCCGAUCAGAUUGAUAGCAUUCUAACAACGCGGAUCAAAUUUCAAAAUUAUUUACUGAUUGUCGUGGCGACACUUACAAUCCAGUGCCACAGUCGUGGCUUUCUCGCUGUAUGUUCUCUACGUCAGGCCGUUCCUCGGGGAAUGCAGCUUUAUCUUCCGCAAGCCCUAAUGACCAUCCCGUCUAAGUGUGCUCUCUUAACCGAUAUUAUUAUUAACUUAAUUGUGCAUAUCCAAACUAGUACACGAAGAUAUCUUGCUUCCAAGUCUAUGGGCUAUAUACUGAAACACUUAGAUAAGAAGACCUUCAACCUAUUCUUCACAGCAUCAGAUCUACGACUUCCCAGUGCUGUUCUCGAUAAGAUUCAACUCAUCUUGAGCAGCGCGUCGCUAAUUGCCAUCAGGGGGAGGGCAUUUAUCACCAGGAAAACAUACCUCUAUGUACAGAUGUCCGGUUUAUUAAAAUUUCUUCCCGCUACCUUCGCCUACUCUCAUUACAGUCGUGCCAUCGAGUACAUAAAAGAUCUGUUUCAUUGUAUUCUUCUUAUUCAGGCAGGAGCACGUGGAUUCUUUGUGAGGCACAAGAUAAAGACUAUAAAGGAGGUAGUGUUAGAAUAUGGAGCUACACUUGAUUCGCUUCUCCUUCAGCUUAUCUGGGAGCGAACAGUUCCUAACCACUUCAAUAGUGUGACGACAUAUUCUGAUAGUUAUUAUGAAAGAUUCGAUGUAGGUAGUGCUAGUAAUAAUGCACUCUCAGUGUUCGACGCAGCAGCGCUUAUAGCCCAUUCGGCCAUAUUAAUACAGAAGUACUUUAGAGGUUAUGCAGCAUACACAACUGCAUCUUUGUGUAAGAAGUUCGGUAUACACUUUACAUGGAAUGUUGACAAAGGAUUUGGAGGAGGGGUCGUGGUUAUACAAUCUGCCAUUAGAGGGUGGAAUAUACGAGUCAUGCUCGCGAGCAUGGACGUCUGGGAGCGGAGCCUUUUUCUAUCUAAAGGAGCGCAUUUACAUCUUCACUGCCCCAGCCAGUUAGCUGUCUUUCGAGCCGAAAUUAAUGAGGCAGCGUUGACAUUGGGAAGGAUAUGCAGAGGAUUUAUUAUUAGAUCAGAGUCAAGAGCGUUUAAGCAUGCCCUGGGGAAGAUAAGGCACAAGCCUACACGACGGGCUUUUAAGAGUACGCUUGAACCUCUUAGCAUUCAUCUGAACAUAAAGGCUGCUAUGCAGGAAGCAACAAGAUUUUCUGCAGCAUUGCAUAUACAGGCACAUUAUCGAGGAAAUAAAGACCGCGCAAGCAUUCCCCAAAGACUUUGGAGGAAGAUACAGCACAUACGUGAGCGGCUUGCCGACAGCUUAGCCCAUGGAGACAAAACAAAAACAGUGGCAAAGCAAAUACUAAUACACAAAGCAAUUCUUUUCAAAGCAGAGCAUCCUCACAACAAUCCGCGAUCAGUAACGAAACUUAAUUACUUUUGCAACCUAUACUCCCCAUCGGCGGGGUACAUAUUCAGUAGAGAUUUCUGCGAUAUUAUCAUUGACGUAAUAGGAUCCACAAUUACAACACCUGUGUUGCAGCAAUACAAUGUAUUCAGAGAUGGAUGCUGCCUUAUCACAAAAAUGCUCACGUAUAAUCCACCUACAUGCAAGUUUGAUACAUUGAACCUAGCAAAUUUCCAGGAGCUUGUCAAAGUCUCCUCGCCUAAAGUACAACAUGCAUCCGCAAAAGUGCCGAGUCCUUAUGCUCUAACACCAACCUCAAUUAAACCCUCAUUGAUGCGGCUUCCUGAUACUCUCAUCAAUGCAAUAGACUUUAACCGAGAAGAUGGAGAUAUAUGCGCAGACGCAGAAGAGCUGCUAUGUACAAUUAUGCGAUGUGCUGAGCAGAGUGGUUAUGAUAAAUCUUACUUCAUUUCAGAGUGCGAAAAGCUGGAGGAGUUGCAUGAAGCAGGUCUUUUGAAAAGCUCACUGGGGAUUUGCUCAUCAAAAAUAUGCGAUGCAUGA